AUGCCCCUAAUAAUCACUUCGAUCGGUGGCAAUCUCGCUGUGAUCAUUGUUCUGUUACGAUAUAAAGUUUUGCGCAAAAACUCAUCAAACCUCCUUAUUGCUCAGCUUGGUUUGGCUGAUUUCAUUGUUGGUCUUGGUAUAUUCGUUCGAGCAGUUCAAAAUGAGAUGUCCAUAUUCAAUGCUAAUCACGUAUUUAACCGUGAUCAGUGCAUGUUAUUCGGAGCCACAUCUAUAUUUGGUAUUCUCUUUUNAUAUUCAAUGCUAAUCACGUAUUUAACCGUGAUCAGUGCAUGUUAUUCGGAGCCACAUCUAUAUUUGGCUGAAAGUAAAUGUUUAUCACUGAAUCGAUUGAUAAUCUGCUUGCUGACGUCAAUGUUAGUGUUUGGUGUGCAGUUUAUCGGUUUCCCGGACAGUAAACACAUUGCUUUAUGCUCAUCAGGUUGUUACUUUGCUCAUUCUUUGCUGUUUGCAAACGAUAGAAACAUUUUUGGAAUUAUUCACUAUCAGGUAGUAUUUAGAUAG